AAUCAUUUUUAACGUUGAAAGUUCACUUUUGUUGAAAUUAUUUAAAAAAUGAAGUUAUUAAGAAUGUUUUAAAAAAUGUGUAUUUUUCGAGAGCUUAUUGCGCAGAGUCUCGGAGGCUCUGCUUACACAUUCAUGUAAAAUAGUUACCCCGGUCCAUGCAUCCUAGGGUUAAACAAGAAUAGAACAUGGAUAAGUGGUCAAAGGGCUGUAGUAUCUCGCGGAUCCCUUGCGUGUGCUGGCGUUCCGGCAUUUGGCGGUGCGGCGUGGCCGCUGGGACCCAGAGCGCGGGCUUGUUCAGGGACGCUGACGCGCGAGGCGGAGCAGUCGCUGGGCGGGGCGUGCGCCGCCGUCUUCACCAACUCCGACUUCCUCUGGGACUCGCUGCACAUGUCGGGCGUGCACACGGGCGACCGCGUGUGGCGCAUGCCGCUCUGGAGGCACUACUCGCGCCAGGUGCUCAAGUCGUCGUCGACGGACAUGAAGAACGUGGGGAUGGACGAGGGCGGGCUGUGCAAGGCGGCCGCCUUCCUGCGCGAGUUCGUGCCGUGCGGCGAGUGGAUGCACAUCGACGUGCGCGGCAUCUUCCGCACCAACGGCCACGAGAACCACUACCUGCACAAGGGCAUGUCGGGCCGGCCCACGCGCACGCUCAUCGAGUUCAUCUCGCAGAUGAUCUGCAAGUACUGCCCGUCCCUCACCAAGUCGCACGCCUAGCCAGAACG